CCUUGUCUGUACAGAUUAAGGGAAAUAUACCAGUACAAGCUAGGUUGCAGCUAGUCAUGGCGCCUCAGCGGAAACAGUUGCAGGUGCUUAGUGCACUUGAUUCAGCUAAGACCCAAUUAUACCAUUUCAAUGCAAUUGUGGUUGCUGGUAUGGGUUUCUUCACUGAUUCUUAUGAUCUCUUCUGUAUCUCCCUUGUCACAAAGUUGCUUGGCCGGAUUUAUUAUUACAAAGAAGGUUCACAAAGCCCUGGUACAUUACCCCCAAGUGUAAACUCAGCCAUCAGUGGUGUUGCCUUCUGUGGCACCCUCGCUGGUCAGCUCUUCUUUGGGUGGCUUGGAGAUAAGAUGGGUAGGAAGCGUGUGUAUGGUCUCACACUUGUGCUCAUGGUGGUUUGUUCCAUUGCUUCUGGCCUUUCCUUUGGACAUUCACCCAAAGGAGUAAUGGCCACCUUAUGUUUCUUCAGGUUCUGGUUAGGUUUUGGUAUUGGAGGUGACUACCCAUUAUCAGCAACAAUUAUGUCUGAGUAUGCUAACAAGAAGACCAGAGGUGCUUUCAUUGCUGCAGUGUUUGCUAUGCAAGGUUUUGGUAACUUAACUGGUGGAAUUGUUGGCCUAAUCGUUUCUUCGGCGUUUAAGGCUGCUUAUCCUGCUCCGACGUAUGCAGAAAACCCCGUCGGCUCCACUGUGGCGGCCGCCGACUAUAUAUGGCGAAUAAUUGUGAUGAUUGGUGCCAUUCCUGCAGUACUUACUUACUACUGGCGUAUGAAGAUGCCGGAAACCGCUCGUUACACAGCUCUCGUCGCCAAGAAUGUGAAACAGGCCGCCACGGAUAUGGCGACGGUGUUGCAUGUGGAAAUGGCAGCAGAACAAGACAAGGUGGAGGAGAUAACAGAGGAGCCUUCUGGCUCUUAUGGGUUGUUCUCUAAUGAGUUUUUUCGUCGACAUGGACUUCACUUACUUGGAACCACCACCACAUGGUUCUUCCUAGACAUUGCCUUUUAUAGUUCAAAUCUAUUCCAAAAGGACAUCUUCAGUGCAGUUCAUUGGCUCCCUUCUGCAAAGACAAUGAAUGCAAUUGAAGAGACUUACAUGGUUGCUAGGGCACAAACCAUCAUAGCCCUUUGUGGUUCAGUCCCAGGGUACUGGGUUUCGGUGGCCCUAAUUGAUCGUAUAGGGAGGUUUGCAAUUCAAUUGAUGGGUUUCUUUAUGAUGACAGUCUUCAUGCUUGGCCUUGCCAUUCCUUACAAUCACUGGACAACUCCUGGGAACCAAGCUGGUUUUGUAAUCAUGUAUGCCCUAACCUUCUUCUUUGCCAAUUUUGGGCCUAAUACCACAACCUUUGUGGUUCCGGCGGAAAUAUUUCCGGCAAGAUUUAGGUCUACUUGCCAUGGUAUAUCGUCGGCUUGCGGUAAGGCCGGUGCAAUCAUCGGAGCAUUCGGGUUCUUGUAUGCUGCACAGUCACCGAACAAGUCACUAGAUGAUGCUGGGUACCCGCCUGGUAUUGGUGUGAAGAAUGCAUUGUUUGUGCUUGCUGGUGCAGAUUUCUUGGGCUUUCUAUUUACAUUUUUAGUGCCUGAGGCUAACGGAAGAUCUCUUGAAGAAAUAUCUGGUGAUGGUGAGGAAGAAGGAGGUGGAAUGGAUGAGGAAGGGGCACAGCAACCAGGUUCUGAGAACAGGAUUAAUGCUGCUGUUUAAUUAAUCCUUCAUUAAUUUCUCUCUCUUUAAUUAAUCUCGGGGGGGAUAAUUUUCGAGUAAUAAGGUUAUGAUAACAGGAUUAAUGUGUUCUAAGUCCAUCUUUGUGUAUGUGAACCAAAGCGCCCAUGAGUGAUCUGUGCAUCUUUGGGUUGUCCUUCAUUGUUCUCUUUUACUGUUUUUGUUUUUGUUUUUGUUUUUAUUUUCUUGUGUUGCUUGUAAUAAGGGACAAUUCCUUGGGAUGAGUCACUAUUAUAUUUUCUUAUCUUAUAAAAAAGUGACUUUUUUAAUUAUCUUA